AUGUCUGAUACCAAUACGUCGGGAACAGAAAUGGUGGACUAUUUCUCAAUGCUGCCUCACCCGCUUAUUCAUCAUAUUCUUUCCUUCCUUCCUUUCGAUGAUGUCGCCCGUACUUGUACUUUAUCUGAGGAUUGGCAUCGCAUUUGGCUCUCUUACCCCAAUGUUGAGUUUCAUUUUGAUUUCUGUGCUUAUAAAGGGCAGGACUUCUUUGAUCAUAUUGAAAAUUCCUUAGCUGAAUGCAUUGUUAGGAAGGCUUGUAUACAAAAUUUCAGCCUGAGUAUUUGUUUUCCUGAAAUUGAGAUAUUGACACCAAAUCUGGACCGUUGGUUAAAUCUUGCUAUGAAGAAGAAUAUUUCCGAGUUAAGGCUUAGCAUUGGUAGAUUUUAUGGCUAUAUCUACUCUUCUCUGGUUUUGUAUUCUAUUCCUGGGAAAGUCUUAGUUGCCAAUACACUUGAGGUUCUAGAUUUACAUCAGUGUAAUUUGAAGGAAGAUCGUUUUGGUUACAUAAACCUCCCCCGUCUUGGAAAGCUUUCUCUUAAUAAAUGUCAAUUUGUGGGUGAAAGUUUGCUACAGAAGAUUGUGAGUGCUUGUCCUAUUGUAGAGCACAUUUCAAUUGUAAGAUGCAUUGGUGUGGGGCAUUUUCUCUUCGUUUCCUGCAAACCUGAGUUGAAGUAUUUUAAAGUAGACAGAUGUGAACCCGAGCUGGAGAAAAUUGAAAUUGAUGCACCAAAUCUGCACACACUUUCAUAUAACAGUUCAUACAAAGUUUGUGCUAUUGAGAUGUCCAUUUGGUCUAGUGUGAAAGAAUUGGAAUUGGGUCAUGCUAUGGUGAUGCAAUUAGAAUAUUUGUUGUCUAAAUUCCUUUGUAUUGAAGUAUUGAAGUUAAGCCACGGGCCGUCAGACAAAAUCAAGAUUUCAAGUCAAAGUAUUACGGUUUUGGUUUUUGGUUUUUUCUUCCAGUUCCCAGGUGCAACAAUUGAAGCUCCAGCUUUACAUACUUUAGAGUUUUCCUCAACUAUGUCUUUGAGUUCUGAACUCAAGUUUAGCUCCUGGAAUGUUCCAAAAUUGGAUGAUAUUGAUAUGAUCUUUUCAGUUGACAACUUUUCCAAAGCAUGUGAGGCUGGAUUGAAGGAAUUCCUUAUGAAAUUGCAUAACUAUGAGGAUAUGAAAGUGGUUAUCGUUAACAAUGAUGUUAGUAAUUUUCAUUUUCUUGCUUAG